AUGUCCAGCGCAACCCCUUUGACGCCUGUGCGCGGCGAUCAAGUCGCAUCCAGCAGCUCUUCCUUCAACUUCAGCUCGUCGCUGAGUGGACGCAGAAAGAGACAUGCCAGGAGCGCGGCUGUGACGGGAUCCGCUUCUGGCGCUGAAGCUGGAGGGGCAGGGGAAGGAGCAGGAGCAGCAGCAGCAGCAGCAGCAGCAGCAGGAGGGUCAGUGGGAUCCUUCAUUCCCCACACGCACUCUUCCACCUCCACCACCACCACCUCCUCCUCCUCCUUCUCUGCUGCUUCUCCCUUCCUCUCUUCCAAGCCGCAAAGCACCUCCACCACCACCUCCCUGCAAACCGAUCCCGACACGCUUCUUCGCACUCUUUCGCUGAAAGAAGUGCAACAAAUGCAGAGGGUUGUUCAGAUCGGUAAAGAGGAGCUUUCGCAAAGCUUGAAAGGGUUGGUCAGGAAGAGGUAUGCGGAUCUCUUGAAUAGUGCCGAUACCAUCAUUGCGAUGGGAAGCAGCGCUGCUGGGCUGAGCAGCGCUUUGGGACGCGUCAGCUGGGCGUGCGCUGGUGCAGGUGAUGGGGCCAGUGCAGGUGGAGAGCAGGCUGAACACGAUCAGCAUCAGACGACGACGACGACGACGACGACGAUGGACGAAGAGGAGAAAAGGCUGUUGGGGUAUACGAGUUGCCUCAAGUACAUUCAAGAGAGCCCACCCAUCGUCUGGGCUUGUAUUGGCCUGGCGGAGCAAUACGCGAAUGGCCACGUAGUCUCGCGUGCUGCGGUAGCAGGGCAGCACGAGCAUGAGCAUGAGCAAGCGGAGAUCGCACGCCAUGCGGAAAGGGGAGGCGAGAAAGAGGAGGAGGAGGAGGAUGUGCAUAGCAGGGUCAUUCGUGUCGCUUGGAGGUUGCGGAUAUGCCAGGCUUGCUGGGAUGUUGUACAGGCGCGUCCGGAUGUAUGCAACAUGUUCCCCUACAUCAAGGAGAUUCAUACCGCAUUAGACCCUUUAUGCAUACGCUUCCGCGAUGCCGUAGAAUCGCUCUUGAGGGUGGAAACGGCUUACAAGGUGAGCACAUUCGAGCGCUCGCUCUUGCCCCUCUCCGCGCUCAAGGCUUCGGCAGCUAACGAGCGAACGCGCUCGUAUUCUGCACCACGCCGCCACGCCAAUCAGCCCACUUUGACUCUUCUACUCUCCCAGCAACUCCUCUCCUCCCACUCAUCAACGACGACGACGAAGACGAAAAGGACAGCGACGACUUUCUCACUAGACAAUCUCCUGCGCGCCCGUCUCGCAUCCUUGCGUCUCCUCUUGGCCAAUCAACCGACGCCCCACCUUUCGCGCUCGCACUCGGAGUCAAAGUACGCGCACGCGCUGACGCUGUUCGCAAAGACUGUGCUGCAGGUGCUGCAUGGCUUUAUCCUUGUCGAACAGAUGGGAGAAGCGAAAAAGACGCGCUUCGAAAUGUUGCUGGAGCGUCUUUGGACGCCUGCUGUAGAGACGGCAGGGCACGAUUCGAACGGCACAUUAUCGGCAUCAAACGUCGCGCGCGCAAGACUGGAUCGAAGAAAGAGCUCGUCGGUCACUGCAGGUGCGGGUGCGGGUACGGGUGCGGGUGCGGAUGCGGGUGGAGCGAACAAGAAUAUGCGCCAAGAGAUCGGCACCAGCACACGUUUUCCUCCUACCGCCUACGAUGCCAUUCAUGCAGAAUUGGACCAGCAGCGAUCAGGGACAAACGGCAUGGCUUGGUAUUUACCAAACGAUGUGCUGCGAUGUUUACCGCGAGCAGAGAGACCUUGCGAUGAGGGAGCUGGAGAGAGCAGAAGCGCGCUGAGGGAGUGGGUGGAGCAGGUCAAGAGACUUUUCAAGGAGACGAGGUGGUGGGAGGGCAGGGGUACGAAAGUGGAGCCAAAGACGCUGGUGCAGCUCUUGCACGCUGAAGAUGAGCUGCAAAAGAGCUGGGAGGAGUGCUUGAGGGAGGUGCGCAGCGUGCGCAAGGGUCGUCGAAAUGGACAGGCGGACGAUGAAGAAGCUUUGAACUGGGCGCUCGAAAUUUGCGAGGAAGCGCAUGAGGAUCUGUUGGAGAAGAUGAGGGAGAAGAGGAGAGAUCUGCACAAGGCGUCUAUGGAGCGUCUGGGGAGAAAGGUGCAGGAAUUUGUCGUGGCUCUGCAAAAUCAGGAAGUGGUAGAUGAUGCGAGACGCUUGCUGUUCGACUCCUCGACUCGCACCACCGGCACGAGCACAGACUUGGUGGAAGAGUUGAUCAAGGCUGAACCGGCCUUGCGAGAGUGUUGGAGCGAGCUCGUAGCGCUAGCACACAAGGUCGCGUGGGAGCUGCAGACGUACCUACGAAGAAAGGCUCGAAGACUGAACUGCGAUGCGCGGCGCGUUGGUUCGCACAAGGAGCGAGAUGAAGGCGAGGAGAAGAGUCUGCUUCAGCGGACGUCACGCUCGCAAUCGCACCUGCGCUCCGACGAGGACAUUUUGGAUCCGCAAGUUGGACAAGACGAAGUGCAACGAUGCGCAGAGAUGCUCCGAUCGUUGCUGCGCGAGCAGAAAAUGACGAGCGCGAAGAUUGCGAUUGGAAGGGUGGCUGCAUGUCUGUCGCGCCACGAGGCGAUCAGGCGUGCGCUGUAUCCCUCGACGAGGGAGCGCGAUGAUGUAGAGGUGAUCCGACCUCUGAAAGCGGUCAGAGAAGAAUCUCUAAAGGCUUGGGAAGCGCAAGUUUGUGCAGACGUUCUGCUUCUGGCCACACUCGCCCCGGGAGACGAUGCGCUGGACGAGCAGGAAAUAAGGUCCACAACGCUUCGAAGAAAGUGUCUGCUGCUCGUGGCGGAGAGAGCGCACGCGAUGCAUCUGGACUUGGCGGACCGGGAAGAGAGCGCUAGCGUGCAGCGCAUACUGCAACGUCUAGUCGAUGCUGAUCGGAUCACACAGGACAUUGUGGAUGAGUUUGGUCGCUCAAAGGAGACGAUGGAUGCGUCGGCCGAAUGGAUAGAAGAAGCCAGCUUGGAUCUCUUUCCUUUGUUGCGACACGAUUCGACGACGAAGACGAAGAGCUCGCUCGACCUUGCCCGCGCUGGCAACGCUCAGAUGGACGUGAAGAAAGUGCGCAACGCUACGACUACGAAGAAUAUCAAACCCUUGUUGGACCUGGCAGAGACGAGCGAUUUUGCUCAAUUACCGCCUGUCAGGCUUCAAGGUCUCGCUUAA